AUGUCAGGUGGGAACUUCAUGAGCAAGGUGCGGUCCGCCUUCAGGAGGGAGCGGAGCGAGUGGGACCUGAGCGACACGGCGCCCUUUGACUUCUCCGACGAGCUGGUGGAGGAUGAAACGCCCAAAUUCAACAAGCUAAAGGUCGUGGUCUCCGGAGAGAUGUCAGACUACUCUGCCGGAGCUCCGUCCAACGGAGUGGCGGUGAACACGCUGGUGGUGGCGGAUGAUGAUGAUGACUCCCUGCUCGAGUCCUCUUCCAGCCUGGGCAGCCCGGGGUUAAAUAUGGACCCUUGUGACAACUGCAAUAAGAAGAGGGAGAAGAUCAAACACAGGAGGGUGAUGAAGAGGCUUGUCAUUGCAGCUUUGCUGUAUUUCCUUUUCAUGACGGGUGAAAUUGUAGGUGGUUAUGUGUCAAACAGCUUAGCCAUUAUGACUGACGCUGUGCACAUGCUAACAGAUGUGGUGGGCAUUUUGUUUUCAAUGCUGGCCCUCUGGCUCUCCACAAAGCCACCCACCAAGAGAUUCACCUUCGGACUGCAUCGCCUUGAGGUGGUAUCGGCAGUCUUCAGCGUGGCGCUCAUUUACAUUCUGACGGCCAUUCUGCUCUAUGAGGCGGUUCAGAGGACGGUACACCAAGACUUCGAUAUAGAUGGAGAUGUCAUGCUCAUCACUGCAGCUGUGGGGGUGGCUGUCAACCUCAUAAUGGGUUUCUUGUUAAACCAAGGUGGUCACCUCCACUCUCAUGGCCAUGGUCACUCUCAUGGCUCUGCAGCUGUAUCAAGUUCACAGUCAGCUGGGUCAGGUCAGCAGCAGAGGCCGCAUGGCAGCCUGGCUGUAAGAGCUGCCUUCAUCCACGCUUUGGGAGACCUCCUCCAGAGUGUCGGGGUGCUCAUAGCUGCCUACAUUGUCCGCUUCAAGCCGGAGUUGAAGUUGGCAGACCCCAUCUGUACCUACAUCUUCUCCGUUCUGGUUCUCUUCACCACAUUUCGCAUCAUACGAGACACAAUAGUCAUUGUGCUGGAGGGUGUUCCCAGGCAUCUGGACACUCUGCGAAUCAAAGAGGACCUUCUGAAGCUGGAGGAUGUCCAAUCAGUUGAUGAGCUGAAUGUCUGGGCGCUGACGGCUGAUAAGACUGCAGCACUAGUGCAUCUCCAGCUCGCGCCCUCUAGUGCUAACAACUGGGAGGACGUCCAGGCGAAGGCCCGCCACCUACUGCUUCACACCUACGGUCUCACCAGGUGCACAGUGCAGGUCCAGACACACAGGCAGAGGCCAGUACGCAGUUGUGCACACUGCCAGCUGCCCAGCGCCUAAAGAGAGACUCAUGCUUACAUUGACUUCCACAGUGCAUUUCAUGGAGCCAGACAGCAGAGAAUACAGUACACAGAGGAUGUUGCACCGCUGUCGCAGCUCAGUGCCACAGCAACAGCCACAGUAUACGGUUGCAAGUGGAAAAAGACUGGUGCCAAAGGAUAGUUAGUGGACCAACAGCAGGUGCACAUUUCUAAUCACUACAGCCUCCAGGGACCUUUAUGCUCUUAUGUUUGCUAAGCUUUCAGAGUGGAGUUUGAAUGCUUAAAGUCUCAGCUGAGAAGAAGGGGAAAAAAACUUGCUCUUAAUUCACCAUUAAAGCCUAUUCCAACAGGUAACUUUUUUUGGUAUUUUACUGUUCGCUUUAUCACGAUUGAUGUUUUGUCAUCAGAUGUAAAUGUUACUUUUUGUUACUACUUGUGAGGACUGUAUACUAAGAUUUUAUUAUUUUACUAAGUAUGUCAGCAAAUGCAAAGGUACCUCAUGUAAUUCGAUGAUAACUGUGGUCACAGUGCAUAUAAGCAGCCCUCCUCACCACUGGCAUAAGUGAGGCAAAAAACCUUUAUUGUGUCCAUUUAGUGGACAUUACAUCUCAUUAAACUUAAUCAUUAAUAAUCUUCAGCCAAAGUCUGUUAUAAGGCAGAUUUUUAAAAAAGACAACAACCUUAGAUAUGCAUAAAGCAGUCUGUAUUGGCUGUACUGACCAACACUUAGAAUACCACCACCAUGUCUCUUAAUUAACUGGUGAGCAGGCAACUGACAAUCAAAGUUUGACUGACUUUGAAUAAAGGUAAAUGCUACAGUGUUUGUACGCCUUCAGUAUGGUUUCUGCUUUACACUCUAUACUCUGCUUUUUUCAUAUCAUUAACUGGCAGCAUAAUAAUGCAGACAGGUUUGGGAAAUCUUUAGUAUUUCAGAUUUGCAGUGUUUUUCAAAGAGAGAGAUGUGAGUUAAAAUUUGCCAAUAAUAGUGUUUAUAAUGUGUCUCUGUGAAGUGUUGAGAGGCUGUGGGGGGUUUAUGGUUAACCUUUCCACGUCUCUGAUAUUAAUCAUCAAGGGACAUCAGGAACUGGAUCACUUCUUUUGUUUUUCUCAGUAUCUCGUUUUUCUGGGUGUACAUGUUAGUAAAUUGAAACUUUUAUUCUGCACAAUUUUCACAAUCCAAGUGAAAGCUUCUACUCAAAUGUUAUUUUGAACCACUGUUGCAAUUGUUUGACCCAUCCUCAUUCACAUAUGUGUUAUCCAUUUGGAAAUAAUAAAAAAACAUGGAAAAAGUA